GCUUGGUCCCUGUCGUUGGGGCUGGACCUACCGCGUCACGUUGUUGCCGGUCGAUUAUCAGCCAUAGACUUGUACACGUGGCUUAUUGGUUCCCAUCAUGCAGGUUACCCUUGGUCGACGAUGUUGCCGCGGCGCAGCACAGGCAUUGCACCGAAAACAGCGGAUGUCAGCGUUGGGCUAUUUUCGUGCUGCCGCUAGAGCUGUCGAAGCAAUUCCGUCAUCAUCGUCAUCAUGUUUAUUCCAUCCUUCAUCCACUGUCGCUGUCCUGCCACACGGACAAUGGCCUGGAGUAGGGGGAGGAGGGGUCGGGUUGUCGUCUUCGGGGUUAUGGCGCCAAGCGCUCGCUGAUGGAUGCAAAGCCCAGAGAGGGGAGGCUUUCCAAGGGCUGGGGGAGGCGGGGGGAAGACUGGCGAUGGCGGGAACAAGGGUGAAGAAGGUGGGCGAAGUGGCGGUGGGCCAAUCUGCGCGUGGUGGCCCAGGUUUACUGCCCAAACGAGUGCUACCUCUAUUCAGCAGAACGGGAGGGAUGAGCGAGUGCGAGGCAACAAUCCGCGGGAGGUUGCUGCGAAUCUCGCGGUGGGCGGGGGGAAAGGAAGCUCCGCGGGGAAGCGCUGACGCCCCUUCAUCGGCAACUGUUGGGAGUGUUGGGGGGCGAUAUCAACAGCAGCAUAUGGGGGGAGGAGGAGAAGGGCUUGGAGGGGAGGGUAGGCAACGGGCGGGGAUGAUGAUGGGUACUUCUUCUUCGGCUUCCCGCGGGCGUAACAAAAAGACGACGCUCGAAGGGGCGAUUGGCCUUCUCCCUCUGAGUCUCCGGCGAAGCUUCUCUGCAGAGGCUCCGAAGCAAAAGGGUUUUGAAAACUUUUAUCCGAAGAAUAAGAAGGGAUUACCGAAAGCGCGGCAUGAACAGAAACAGGAGUCGAAGAGUGACACGAGAUCGACAUCGGAAGAGUCAAAGAUGUCUGGCGAAACUCUGCCAAAGGACCAAAUCCAACCAAUGAUUGCGACGUCACUGGCAACGAUCGCGCUGCUCGCGACGCUUUCAAUGGGUCGAUCGGACGCUCAAGAGAUCAGUUUCCAGGAAUUCAAGAACAAACUGUUGGAGGCAGGAGUGGUCGACAGGGUCGAGGUGUCUAACAAAAGUACGGCGAAGGUUUACGUAUACACGAAUAGCGGUGGGAGAGGAGGGUUAUCGUCACAGAAUGGGGAGAGUGGUAACAGUGUGGAUGGAAUGACUAUGCCUCCACACGACGGUGGAGGUAGGACAUCAUCAUCAUCUGGAAAUAGCAGCAACAGUGUCUACAAGUAUUACUUCAACAUUGGCAGCAUUGAUUCGUUCGAAAGGAAGUUGGAAGAAGCGCAAGAGGCAUUGGGGUACGAUUCCAGGGAUUUCGUGCCGGUAACGUAUGUGUCAGAGUUGAGCUGGCAAAAUGAACUCCUUCGGCUUGCACCCACUGUUCUCUUGAUUGCAGGGUAUAUCUACUUCACGCGACGCAUGCAAGGUGGGAUCGGGAUUGGAGGUGGCGGUUCAUCGGGAGGUCGGGGCAUCUUUAACGUGGGAAAAGCGCAAGUGAUGAAACUGGACAAAAAUUCGAAAAAUAAGGUGCUGUUUAAGGACGUGGCGGGGUGUGAUGAGGCGAAGUUGGAGGUGAUGGAGUUUGUGCAUUUUUUGAAAAGCCCCGAGAAGUACAGGGAAUUGGGAGCGAAGAUUCCGAAAGGGGCGUUGCUGGUGGGGCCGCCAGGGACGGGGAAGACGCUCUUGGCGAAGGCGGUGGCUGGGGAGGCCGGGGUCCCGUUCUUGUCGAUUAGUGGGUCAGACUUCAUGGAAAUGUUUGUGGGAGUAGGUCCGUCGAGGGUGAGGGAUUUGUUUGCGCAGGCGCGGCAAGCGAGCCCGAGCAUCAUCUUCAUCGACGAGGUGGAUGCGAUUGGUAGAGCGAGAGGGAGAGGGGGUUUUGCUGGCGGCAACGAUGAGAGAGAGAACACGCUCAACCAGCUGCUGGUCGAGAUGGACGGUUUCGGUACGACGACCGGAGUCGUGGUUUUGGCGGGAACUAAUCGGCCAGACAUUUUGGAUAAGGCGCUUCUCCGACCUGGACGGUUUGACAGGCAGAUUACCAUUGAUCGACCGGAUAUCAACGGUCGGGAGCAGAUCUUCAGAAUAUAUCUCAGCAAGCUGAAAUUGGAUCGGGAAGUCGAGUUCUACUCUCAGCGUCUUGCGGCCUUGACACCUGGGUUCGCCGGCGCAGACAUAGCCAACGUGUGCAACGAAGCAGCACUGAUUGCUGCAAGAAACGACAAAGAGGUCGUGGAGAUGGUCGAUUUCGAGGCGGCAACGGACAGGAUCAUCGGGGGCUUGGAGAAGAAGACGAAGGUCAUCAGGAAGGAGGAGAGAAGGACGGUAGCAUAUCAUGAGGCGGGACACGCGGUUACAGGUUGGCUACUGGAGCACGCAGAACCUCUUCUGAAGGUCUCCAUCGUUCCACGUGGCACUGCUGCGCUCGGUUUUGCGCAGUAUUUGCCCAACGAAAACCUUCUCAUGACGAAGGAGCAGCUGUUCGAUAUGACGUGCAUGACGCUUGGUGGCCGCGCAGCUGAGGAGGUGUUGAUUGGCAAGAUCUCGACGGGUGCGCAGAACGAUUUGGAGAAAGUGACCAAACUGACGUAUGCGCAGGUAGCCGUGUACGGAUUCAGCCAAAAAGUCGGGCUGUUGUCGUUUCCUCAGAGAGAGGAUGGGAUGGAAAUGUCCAAACCGUUUAGCAACGAGACUGCAAACAUGAUAGACAAGGAGGUGAGAGAGAUGGUCGACAGAGCGUACGCGAGGACUGUGGCGUUGGUAGAAGAGAACAGGGAAAAAGUCGAAGCUCUAGCCCAGAAACUCCUCGAGAAAGAGGUACUGCACCAACAAGAUCUUGUGGAAAUUUUGGGGAAAAGACCCUUUGUGAAUACAGAGCUGAGCAAUUACGAUAAGUUCAAAAGGGGAUUCUUGGGGCAAGAGGGAGGGGAAAGCGGGGAGGUGAAGGAAGCAGAGAUCGCUGUUCCAUCGUCAAGUGAGAGACUGACGACCAUCGCGGUGGCGUAAAUGACACUGGAAGGGUAUUACCCCUCAUUGUGGCCAUUGGAGGGCUUGGAAGGGCUUCCGAAGGAUAUGUUAGGGCCGCUGUUCUUUCUCUCUCUCUCUCUCUCGCGCGCGCGCGCGCGCGCGCGCUUGCGCGUAUCCACGUGUGUGUGCGUGUGUGUGUGUGUGUCGAUGCAGGUGCUUCUGUGUCUGGAAGUUUGUUUGUGUGUAUAGAUGCGGGUGUCUUUUGUAUAGAUGUUGAUGUCUGUUGGUGUGUUAGUGUAGAUGUGUGUGUGCGUGUGCGCACGUGUGUAGGUGUGCGUGCGCACAAAGGUGCGAGUCCGUGUGCGAACGCGUGUGUGUGUGUGUGUGUGUGUGUGUAUGCGGGUGGCUCGGGUGAUCGGGUGGUGUGGAACGGAGCAUCUUUCCAUGAGAACGGAUCGUCUUCUAUGUGUAUGUGAUAGGGCUAAGCAGCUGACGAAAUGAUGAUGUACAGUAAGAAUGAUUCUCCUCUGAAUAUCUGAACUCCCUUCGCAGUGAGUUGUAUUUACUAGCAUUGAACUAUCGUAAGCAUAGGCACUGAUUCAGACAGACAGACAGACAGACAGACAGACAGACAGACGCAGACAGACAGAUACAGACAGGCAGACAGAGACACGAGAGACAGACAGACAAACAGACCGACCGACCGACCAACAGACAGACAGAUGUGUGUUUGUGCACCCGAGAGAGAGAGAGAGAGAGAGAGAGAGAGAGAGAGAGAGAGAGAGAGAGAGAGAGAGAGAGAGAGAGAGAAAUGAUUGAAGGGCGUGCGGCUAUCCACCGCAUUAUGCCACUUGGCAGGUAUGUCGGGAUCAAGGUUGCAGGGUCUUGAGAUGAACAAAAGGGAGCACGAGCAAAAGGGGAAAGGGUGUGAGGAGGUACGAUGAAAGCAGGCUGGUAACGAAGUAGAGGGAAAACAAGAAGAAGAAAGGAAAAGAGGAAUACUAAUAAUUUAAAUAGUAGUAAUAAGAAGAAGAAGACGUAGAGCAAGAAGAAAAUAAUAGAGAAUAGCGAGAGGACAAUGGCCAGUCUUCCAAGCAUCAAGCCAUAGUCUUCAUUGAACAAGCUCGGACAUAAUGGAGCUCAGAAAUGCACAUGUUCCCCAACGUGUGUUGCCAGGCUCGACCAGUUUCUCUACCUAACUAAGCCAUCCGAGGCCGCUAACCGGGUUGAUUCAUCUCAUAGUCUGGCCUACUACCUUAUCGCAGCCCUAAGGUUGCGGUAUAGUGGGCUUCGACGUCUGUGUCAAGGUGUCGCAUUUUUGGCGGCGGGCGACGACAAUGCAAGUGGGUUCUUAGGGGGGCGGUGGGGGGCGGGAUUUGGGGGACCGGUCCUUCAAGAUAUUGCAGACUACCUGCAGCUAGCUCUUGUAGAACGGGGACUUUUGGAAAAAGGAAGGACUGGUCUUCGGGUGGAAGCAGACCCCCAAAAGAAGUGAAGGCAUAUGAACUGCGAAAGGGCCCUCAGGCCGAGGCGUUGAGGCCGGUCUUCUCAAAACAGGGAGGUUAGGUGCAACGAAACAGGUGUUUUGCAAGAAGCAACUUUGACAACUUUCUGUGCUAGGAGGAAUGUGCAGAAAAAUCUGAAAUUUUGAGAAUCCAUAGAUGAAGUCGUGUUAUCAGAACAAUUGCAAAAAACAUUAACACCAUGAAAUAAUCGCCGCGCCGAUUCGGCACAUUUUCCAUUUUUGCCACACAGCCAUGUGUGGGCCAACUGAAAAAGUACUCCAAAUUCAGUGAGUUUUUGUGCUCAGAAGAAUGCGUUAAAAGACCUGAAAAUUGGAGUACUAGUAGAUUUUGUUGUGAUCUUUCCAGGAAAAAUGCUAAAUGAAAAAAAUAAAAUCAUUCCAAAUGU